AUGGGAUAUCAAUCUAUGCCAGUUGAUGCCUACCCACGACUCAUUUUCCUCAAAAACCCUGACGGAACAAUCAAAAUGCCCCAAUUUCCCGAAGUGCCAGCCACUGGUGACGGCGUCGAUGCCGAUGUGUUAACGAAAGACGUUCCUCUAAAUGCGGCCAAAAACACAUCCGUCAGAAUCUACCGCCCUAAAAACGCUACCAAACAUUCCAAUCUGCCUCUAAUAAUCUACUUUCAUGGCGGUGGUUUCAUCCUUUGCAGGGUCGCUUCUGUACCUUUCGAUGAACUAUGCAUCCGCAUGGCUCGUGAACUCUCCGCCAUUAUCGUCUCCGUCGAUUACCGUCUUGCUCCAGAGCACCGCCUCCCCGCGGCAUACGAAGACGGCGUCGAAGCAGUCCAGUGGGUCAAGAAUCAAGCCUCAGAUCAAUCCAACGGUGAGCCUUGGUUGAGGGAUUACGUGGAUUUCUCAAAGUGUUUCAUCAUGGGAGGCAGUGCAGGUGGGAAUAUGGUGUAUAAUGUGGGAUUGCGGUUGUGGAGUUUGGGAUUAGAUCAACUUAAGCCAGUGAAGAUCAGUGGAUUGAUACUGAGUCAGCCAUUCUUCGGUGGGGUCCAAAGGACAGAAUCAGAGCUGAGAAAGAUAAACGAUCCGCUCGUGCCGUAUCCAACGACGGACCUGAUGUGGGAGUUGUCUUUGCCAAUCGGCACCGAUCGUAAUCACGAUUAUUGUAACCCUAUGGUGAAAGGGUUAUCAAAAUCGGAUAUCGAAGCGUUGAAAAGCCAGAGUUGCUUGAUUAUAAUCGGUGGAGAAGACUCGUUGAUGGACCAUCAGAUAGAGUUUAUGAAGAUGUUGGAAGGGAGUGGAGUCAAUUUCGUGGAGUUCUACGAUGAAAAGGCUCCUCAUUCUAUCGAACUCUUUGAACCAGAGAAGUGUGAGGAUCUGUUCAAGGCCAUUACAGAAUUCAUCUACUGAUCGA